AUGGUGAUUAUAGUGCCAAGUCUGGUUACCAUUAGCUGUCUCAGCAGUGUGAUCUUGUUAGCAAUCAGGGAUCGGUGUGGGGGCAGGAGUAGAAUUUGUUUGACAGGGCUUAUCAGAGACACUAUGGGUAAUUGGUUGACAGGUUUUUCUUGCUAUGUGGGUUUUACUGCGAAUACGAUGGUGGAGCGGAUAGCGAUUGAAUAUGGGGUUGCUAUGGCUUGGAGAAUGGGUUAUCAGAGUUUAUCGCUUGAGUCGGACUCUGUUGGGCAGAAAUUGACAGGGCUUAUCCGGCAUGUUUUGCGUGCCAACCUCGGAUCUCAUCAACAGGUUUCUGAUUUAGAAUGGUUGGAUCCUCGUCUAGGAUUGAAUAGAUUGCCAUUUGCAUAUCUUUUUAGGGAAUAG